AUGGCCUCUUGGACCUUGCCCUACCGGGUUGAGGCCGUCGACCGCGACCCAGGCUUUUACUGGCAGGAUCUCGAGGAUGGGCCCAAUGAUGGAUCCAACGACUUCUUCGGCCAGUUUCUCGACUUUGACGGCGAAAUCACUUCCUCCAUGGCCGAUCAUCACGGCCACGGCCAAUCAAUGACCGCCUUUGAUCAUCCCGCCGAGUCCACCGCGUCGGCCUCGUCGGGCGUAUCGACAACUGAAGAUGAGCUGGACUUUUUUUCCUGUAGUUCACAGAUGGAAGCGACAGUCCCCGGUGUAUCGCAUGAGAUAGAUCCUCGUAGCCUCGCACUUGCGGGUAGUGGUGGCCUGGCUGCCGAGAAGCCUUCCCUGGUGCCUCGAGUCUCCAUGUCGGACCCAGAACUCCCUCAUGUAGAUGGUAUCUCACUUCACUCUUCUCCCGGGAGACGCGCGCCUGUCUCGCAGCCUUCGUCGCCAACGCCACCCAGUACCAUGGCUAGGAAACCCAACAAAUUCGUCGAGGCGCUUUCGUCCACAAUCCGCAAAGCCAGCAAACUCCGCAAACCCAAGAAGCCCAUCGCUAUAGACCGCCCCGGAUCCCCGACCAUGGAGAACCCACCUCGAGCUCUAAGGCUGCAGCAUCACGACUACAGUAACGGCAAUGACGCAUUUCCUCCAUCGCCAACUUGCGGGCCCGAUAGCACAAACUUUGUUCAUGGUUUUUGCGACGAUCCCUUUAGUGAGAUUCCUCAGCAGCCCCCUCACAACUCUCUCCGUUUCUACAACAACGGAAUCCAUACACCCGCAGAGUCCCCAGGGGUUAAGGUUGAGCCUGGUCUUUACCAGCCUGACAUGGCAGGACAAGUACAUCAAGCAGGUUGGCAGCAUCAGCAACACCAGCACCCACAUCCUCAUGUCCAUCCUCAUCCUCAUCCUCAUCCUCACCCACAGGGUCAUGUGCACCCGCACCCGCACCCCCAUCAACAAGCUGCUGCUCCGGGUCACCCUGUUGCAGUAGUAGGCUCUGCGCCCGAAACAUGGCCGGGACAUGAGUAUAUGGCUCAUAACCCUCACCAGAGUGGGUGGUGGGACUUGAACCUCCUUAACCAAAAUGGCGAGUAUGUUGUCGUCGAUCCACAGCAACAAAAGAACGCCAACAUCAAUCUUGCCAUGCACGCUCAGCAUGCCGAGCUGCCGUACGAGUAUCAGGUACACGACCCCAACUCAGCGGGCCUCAUGAUACAUAUGCCACAACCACGAAAUGGGCCGGCUCCUGUCCAUGACUUGACGCUGAACUCCCAGACUUACCUUCCGCCGCCGCCACCUAUUCCACCAACUUCAGAACGACACCGCCCACCGCGAGCGCCAUCUUCUGGGGCCCGACACUUGUCGUGCUCUCCCAUUCGUAAGACACGUCAAGCAUCUAUACCGCCUACACCUACCACGGCACACUCGCGCCAAAGCUCCAACGGAUCGACGCAUUCAACUCGAAGCGCCUCAGGUCGUGGCAUAGUCCCCGGCACUCCUACAGCAUCGCGCAAGCAGCGAAGAUCACGAGAUGCGAGCGGCAGCAGUGGAGGUGGCGAUGUCGGCUUCGUCAACUUCACGCCCAGCGAUGGCGGUCUUCUAAUGACGGGUGUUGCGCCGAGUGGCAGUUCCAAGACCAAAGCGCGAAGAGAGCGUGAAGCAAUGGAACGAAGACGACGCCUGAGCGAAGCAGCCAUGAAAGCGGUGCAAGCAGCAGGCGGCGAUGUAGACAAGCUGAUGGAGCAGGGCUUUGCAUUUUAG